AUGAUCCUUAAUGCUUUUGAAGCUGUCAAGCGCUUACGAAAAGUAAACGUUAAUGUUAAAAUGGAAAUGAAUAGGUUGAAAGCGUGGCGUGAGGAGAGUGGCGAGUGGAGGGCGAUGAAUGGUACUCUAGUGAGCCCUAACUUUCCACGACCGUACCCUGCACGACUCCAGUGUCGUGUUGACUUCAAGGCUCCCCAACGACAUCGUAUCAGACUCGUUCCUUCACACACUUCUUCGCUUCCACCACUCAACCUCUCCAACCGCAGGACCGUGGUUGCCGUCAAGAUUUCCGAAGGUAGGCAGCACAAGCUGGCCACAUUCUGUGGUCCUGGCAUCCCUCAUCCUAUCAUGUCUUCUGGUUCCUAUCUCAGCCUCGUUUUCAGAAGCUACACUUCUGGACCACAUGUCACAGGUUACCGAGCUGUCUACACCUUCCUCAAGACAAAUGAAAGACCUUUACAAACGUCCAAAGAUGAAAAUUGUAAGAACACGGAUUUGCUGGGCAAUCAGUUCACUACAACUGCUGAAAUGUUUCAGUUUCAAGAGCAACUGUCGCUAAUGCCUCUCAGCAUUUUUGUGACCUUCCUUCAGACUUUACAGUGUUUUGAGCUCUCUUCAGCGCUACUCUGUCCCACAGGCAUCUACCCAAGAAACACAGUGUGUCAAUACAUCUUCAGAGGACUCGACAACCAGAAAGUUAAACUCACGUUCAAGUACUUCGACAUCGAGGGUGUAGCACCGUGUACAGCAGAAAGUGACAGUGAUUAUGUGGAGUUCAGUAGCACCAUAGAGCAGGACCUCCUUCCAAGACGAUGUGGGCGCUUUGCUCCCAAGGUUAGCUUCAACAUUCUAUGUGUUCAUAUUACUUAAUACUAGCACAACCAGGGAGAUAUGUUAACUGCGUACAGAAUACUUGGAGUACGCCAUAACGCAAACAUUUAAUCAAACAUGAAGUUGAUAAAAAUACUGAGAACCCAUUGUUCAGGCAGACAUUACACUUAAAGCCCCUUAUUAACGAUGCCAUUACUACAGAGGUUUCAAGCACUGAAAUAAAUGAAAUCCACAGAAUCAAGGAUCAAAUGAUGAGUCCAUUCAUUGGAUUUCUUUGAUACGAAUUGGUUCUUGAUCCAAGACAUUGAUGCUUCCUGUUCGUUCCUUGGAUCAGAUCUUGCCUACCCAGGUGCUGCUUAACCUCUGCAGCUUGAGCACCUCGCCGUAAUAAUAACUUGGAUAUACAUAGUUCAUACUUUAUUAUUCUACAUACAAUGACAAGAUCUUUACUACAUGUAUUAAUCCUGAUGAACUAGUGAGUAAGGAUGGGGAGAGGACCUUAUGUUUCAUUAUCCUUGCCUCAGACAUAAUUUGAUAGUUCUUAAUAGACAGAAGUAGACAGUUCUCAGGAUAUAGCCUCGACAUGGUCUAUAAAGUCUUCUGUCUUUCUCAUGUGCCCUCAUGUACCGCCAUGUGCCCUCGUGUACUGUCAUGUGCCCUCAUGUACUGUCAUGUGCCCUUGUGUACUGUCAUGUGCCCUCAUGUACUGUCAUGUGCCCUCAUGUACUCUCAUGUGCCCUCAUGUACUGUCAAGUGCCCUCAUGUACUGUCAAGUGCCCUCGUGUACUGUCAUGUGCCCUCAUGUACUGUCAUGUGCCCUUGUGUACUGUCAUGUGCCCUCAUGUACUGUCAUGUGCCCUUGUGUACUGUCAUGUGCCCUCAUGUACUGUCAAGUGCCCUCAUGUACUGUCAAGUGCCCUCAUGUACUGUCAAGUGCCCUCAUGUACUGUCAUGUGCCCUUGUGUACUGUCAUGUACUCUCAUGUAUCCCGGGGUCGAACCAUCGACGUAAACAAAGACCAGGUCAAACACAGCAACGUAGUAAAUGCCUUUAAUAACACCAAGACUAAAUCAGUUCAUAAUCUUGAAUCCAAUAAUAUAAAACGUGUUUUUUUCAUCAGUUAACAAGAUGCAUACUGUUACUUCGGCUAGAUUUACAUUGUAACAAUUACACCCUAAAGUUCAUUUAGACUUCAUUCAUAAAAUUAAACAUUGGUGACUAAGUCACAGGACCAAUUCUGCUUGUUAUUCCUACAUUUUUCAUCACAUUUACGAAGUAUAUACACCAGCUUAACCUCCAGAUUCAUGAUUCAGAUUGUCAGAUUCAUGAUUCAGAUUGUCAGAUUCACGAUUCAGAUUGUCAGAUUCAUAAUUACUACAGAGUGAUAGUAUUUAUAUACACCAUCUCACUUGUACAUGAAUGGUAUACAAUGCCCACAACUUGAAGAAUUAGACACAUGCAACAUCUGGAUAUUUUUAGUAGUAGACUUUUGCCAUCCAGUGGCUUUAUCAAUACAAAUUGAAGGAAACAACAGGAAGACUAUAGAACUAUAUACAAAAGACGAGGUAAUUAGUCACUCAGCCUUGAAGUUGGUGAUGUUGCACAUGUGUCAGAUUCCUCAUGUCCAGUUGUAUUUCCUCACAGUCAUAUGCAUAUUUCCAGUGCAAAUACAGUAUCGUGUGGCAAGCAGAGAACCGAAAAAAUGA